AUGCAGUUGCAUUUUAUUGAUAAGCAAGAUGGUAUAGAAGUAGUAUUAAAAAUAUUGGGCAUUAGCUUAGAAGAGAAGAAUGAAAUAUCAGAUAUAGAUAAUAAUACCAAAAGACCUCGAAUAAAACAAGCUA